CGUUUUGAGUGGUGAAAUGAGGUUAAAUAACGUUGGUUAAAAGUGAUCAUUAUUGCAAAACAAUCAUAGCCUACUGUAUUCUCGGUGUAGCUUAGAGUGUUUGUAAGCUUGAUUAUCCUACUAUAUAGUAUCAACUCCGUUCCUUUGUAAUAAGUGAAAGGAAACACAUAACAAAAUGACAACUGCUGCGAGGCCUACAUUUGAACCUGCCAGGGGUGGGCAAGGAAGAGGUGAAAAGGAUUUGAGUGCUAUCUCAAAACAAUAUUCAAGCAGAGAUUUACCUGGACACACAAAACUCAAAUUCAGAGAACAUGGGCAAGGUACAACUGAUGAACUGCGUGGUCGUGACUUCAGAAGGGAAUUGGAGGAACGUGAGAAAGAAAAGGAGAGGGGAGGUCGGCGCAUGCCUGAACCCAGAGAUUCCAAUAAGCGGCUGAAGCUAGAUCAGGUACCUGCAGCAAGUUUGGACGCUGACGAUCCGUUGAACGAGGAUGACUCUGAUGACGGGGACAGUGACGACGACACCGCACAGUUGCUAGCUGAGCUGGCGCGCAUCAAGAAGGAGCGAGCCUUGGAGACUCUGCGUAAGGAAACGGAGCGGCGACAGGAAGAGGAAAGGAUCAGAAUGGAGAACAUAUUGAGUGGGAACCCACUAUUGAACUACUCUGCGCAAGCAACUAAAUCUGAUCUUAAGGUGAAACGUCGGUGGGACGAUGACGUUGUGUUCAAGAACUGUGCUCGAUCCGAGCCGGAGAAGAGCAAGAAUACAUUCAUCAACGACUCACUUCGGUCAGAGUUCCACAGAAAGUUCAUGGAAAAAUAUGUAAAAUAAGAGUUUCCGUGCAGUGUUUAAUAGUGUCUCGGUCAGUCUUGAGAUGGACGAAUCACGAAAUAAAAUUGACUUGAUAGUGUUGAAAUCCGUAAAUACAUGACAUAACUUGCAGUGUUUUAAUUAUUAUUUUUU